ACAGCACAUUUCACAAACACUCACUCUCCAAAUUUUUCUUUGUUCUGUAAAGUAUCAAUCUCUCUUUCCUUUAACAUCAAGCAAGAAUCAAUAUCAUAUUAAUAACUCUUUCUUGCUGCUUAGACUUUUUCUUUGUUAUACAUAUAAUGAACUAUGUCUCAUUUGUUCAAGGACAAACCAUUAGGACACUCCAACGAAACGCUCAUACGAAUGCCCGUUUACCCCAAUUAUGAUUUUGCCUCACCUUUGCUCAGGCCGCUCCGAGUUUAUCGGACUCCGACCUCCGAGAAACCGUUACGAAAUUAUUGUUGCCGCAUGUCGGAGUCCGGAUUGAGGCCGUUGACGUACAUCCCGCAGUCGGAGAGGACUGAACGGCAACCCACUCCGGCUUUGACGCCCUCGCUGCAGCGAUCUCUGACUUCGACUGCUGCCAGCAAAGUUAAGAAGGCGCUGGGGAUGAAAUCGGCGAAGAAGAGAGGUGCUGACUCGGUGAAUCAAGGGCGAGUUAAGCGUGCUGUAACGACUGGGGAGCUGGUGAGGGUGCAGAUGCGCGUGACCGAGCAGACUGAUUCCAGGAUCAGGAGAGCGUUACUGAGAAUUGCUUCUGGUCAGCUUGGAAAACGCAUAGAAUCAAUGGUUCUGCCACUGGAGCUAUUGCAGCAGCUCAAGUCUUCGGAUUUUCCGAAUCAGCAAGAAUAUGAAGCUUGGAAGAGGAGACAUUUCAAGCUUCUUGAAGCUGGACUCCUUUUGCAUCCUCACCUCCCGUUAGAUAACACCAAUUCUGCUCCACAGCGAUUUCGGCAAAUUAUUCAUGGGGCAUUAGAAAGACCUUUGGAAACUGGAAAGAACAGUGAAUCAAUGCAAGUUCUCAGAAAUGCUGUUAUGUCUCUUGCUUGCAGAUCAUUAGACGGAUCUGUUUCUGAGAAAUGCCACUGGGCAGACGGAUUGCCACUAAAUCUCAGAAUUUACCAAAUGCUUUUAGAAGCUUGUUUUGAUGUUAAUGAAGAAACAUCUGUUAUUGAAGAGGUUGAUGAGGUUCUAGAACUUAUAAAGAAGACAUGGGGGAUCCUUGGAAUUGACCAAAUGCUGCAUAAUCUUUGUUUCUGCUGGAUUUUAUUUCACAGAUAUGUUGCAACUGGCCAAGUGGAAAAUGACCUUAUAUAUGCUGCCAAUAAUCUGCUGGUGGAAGUUGAAAAAGAUGCCAAGGCAACCAAGGAUGCAGAUUAUUCCCAGAUCUUGAGUUCAAUAUUGAGUACAAUGUUGGGUUGGGCGGAAAAAAAGCUUCUUGCUUACCAUGAUACUUUCCAAACUGAUAAUAUUGAUUCCAUGCAAAGUGUUGUUUCUGUGGGGAUUUUAGCAGCCAAGAUGUUAGUAGAAGAUGUCUCUCAAGAGUAUCCUAGAAAGAAAAAAGAAGUUAACGUGGCUCGUGAUAGGGUCGACAGCUACAUAAGAUCUUCGUUACAGAUUGCUUUUGCUCAGAAAUUGAAGAAGGUGAAAUCUAGCAAGCGUUCAUCUAAAAGCCAGCAAAGUCAUCUACCUCUUCUUUCCAUCCUAGCACAGGACGCUAGUGACCUGGCUUUUGAUGAGAAAGUGAAAUUUAGCCCUAUACUGAAGAGAUGGCACCCUCUUGCAGCAGGCACUGCAGUUGCCACCCUUCAUUCUUGCUAUGGAAACGAGCUGAAGCAAUUUGUCUCAGGCAUUUCUGAGUUGACACCUGACGCUAUUCAAGUGCUGUUAGCUGCUGACAGAUUGGAGAAAAAUCUUGUGCAAAUUGCAGUUGAAGAUUCGGUAGACAGUGAGGAUGGUGGGAAGUCAAUAAUACGGGAGAUGCCUCCUUAUGAGGCUGAAGCUGUAAUUGCCAAUCUGGUGAAGUCAUGGAUAAGUACUAGAGUGGACAGACUGAAGGAAUGGGUUUACAGGAAUCUGCAACUAGAGGUUUGGAAUCCACGGGCAAAUAAAGAGCGAUUUGCUCCUUCUGCUGUUGAAGUCCUCCAAAUUGUAGAAGAAACUUUGGAAGCAUUCUUUAUGCUGCCAAUACCUUCACAUUUGGUGUUGCUUCCUGAAUUAUUGGCUGGUCUUGAUGCAUGUCUUCAACAAUACAUAUUGAAGGCGAAAUCUGGCUGUGGGAGCCGAAAUACUUUUAUUCCCACUUUGCCCGCUCUAACUAGGUGUGCAACAGGAUCGAAAUUUGGUGUGUUCAAAAGGAAGGAAAAGUUGCAAAUAGCACAGAAGAGGAAAUCCCAGGUUGGGACUGUAAAUGGGGACAACUCUUUUGGGAUACCCCAAUUAUGUUGUCGCGUUAAUACUUUCCAGCAUAUUCGGACAGAGUUGGAGGUCUUGGAGAAGAGGAUAGUUAACCAUAUAAGGAAUUCCAGAUCCACUCAUGCGGACAACAUUGUUAAUGAAAUGGAGAAAAAGUUUCAGCUUUCAGCCUCUGCUUGUGUGGAAGGGAUUCAACAACUCUGUGAGGCAGCUGCCUACAAAGUCAUCUUCCAUGAUUUAAGUCAUGUUCUUUGGGAUGGCUUGUAUGUUGGGGAAGUUUCAUCAUCUUGGAUCGAACCAUUUCUUCAGGAGCUGGAGCACUAUUUGGAAAUUAUUUCAUCAACAGUGCAUGACAGAGUCAGGACGCGUGCAAUCACUGAUAUUAUGAAAGCUUCUUUUGAAGGGUUCCUGUUGGUUUUGCUCGCUGGAGGUCCUUCUCGAGCCUUCACUCUUAAAGAUUCUGAAAUACUAAAGGAGGAUUUUAAGUUUCUUAUGGAUCUGUUCUGGUCCAAUGGGGAUGGAUUGCCGACUGAAUUAAUAGAUAAGUAUUCAACCUUAGUCAAACGUGUUCUCCCAUUAUACCAUAAUGAUACUGAGAACCUAAUUGAGCAAUUCAAACAUUUGACUUUGGAAAGUUAUGGUUCUUCUGCUAAAUCUAGACUUCCAUUACCUCCAACUUCAGGGCAAUGGAGUCCCACAGAACCAAACACUGUCCUGCGAGUUUUAUGUUAUCGGAGUGAUGAGAUAGCUGCAAAAUUCCUGAAGAAGACUUACAAUUUGCCUAAGAAAUUGUAAUGACAAGAUGAUGCUCUUUAGGUUGAAAAUCACGGUGGAUCAUUCUUGACUUCUAGUAACCCUUAGAUAUUUAUUACAUCACCAUAAAUCAAAAUUUCAUACAGCAUGCCAUACUACAGGGGGCGUUGGUUAGAGAUUGCACUUUGUAGACAAAUUAUACAGCUUUUUGUAUAGUAGUUUAAUUGACUGGAUUCUUUUUCUUCAAAGCCUUCGCCAGUUGUCAAGGAAGUUAAUAAGAUCAUGGACCUAGCGCUUUGGUGUACAGUACCAGUUGGGCAAUAAGACUUGAGGAUCUAUAAAUAUGAAGAAUGGACGGACAAGGUGAGGUUCUUUGGCUUCUUACAAUUUUUUCGUAUGUUUUCCAGAGGAAAGUGAUGAACCAUAGGUUGCUAACAUGGAGGGUCUGUAAUUUGAAGAAAUUUGUUUUGAUUUUGUAGAUGCAUUAUUUAUAUGUGUUUGUUGUCAAAUGUUUA